CACACAUACACACACACACACACACGGAGUGGAUUUUGAUGGAGCGGUUAAGACCGAGAACGCAUCUUCUCAUGGAGGACUGUUUCACGCCGAACUGUCAAUGAGGAUGCAUCCCCUCUCUGCAGGAACUGUCUCUGACUCCUCUUGGCCCUCGGCUGCGGGGCCGUGAGCAGCUACCAUGGCGUAUCCUAACACCAGCACACUGACAGCCAACUCCAGUGGAGCUCUGGGCGGUCAUGACCCCGGGGGAAACAUAUACCGGCCUUUCUCAGUUUUCAGCGUGCUCACUCUCACGUUGCUGGCCAUGCUGGUGGUGGCCACGUUUGUGUGGAACCUGCUGGUGCUGGUGACCAUCCUGAGGGUGAGGACUUUCCACCGGGUGCCGCACAACCUCGUAGCAUCCAUGGCCAUCUCUGACGUCAUGGUGGCCGCCCUGGUCAUGCCGCUCAGCCUCGUGCAUGAGCUGAACGGCCGGCUGUGGAAGCUGGGCCGGGUGCUGUGCCAGGUCUGGAUCUCCUUCGACGUCCUCUGCUGCACGGCCAGCAUCUGGAAUGUGACAGCUAUCGCGCUGGACCGCUACUGGUCCAUCACCAGGCACCUGGAGUACACUCUGAAGACACGGAAAAAGAUCUCCAACGUGAUGAUCGCGCUCACCUGGCUGCUGUCGUCCAUCAUCUCCCUGUCUCCUCUGUUCGGCUGGGGGGAGACCUACACGGAGGGGAUGAAGUGCCAGGUGAGCCAGGAGCCGUCCUACACCAUCUUCUCCACCUUCGGAGCGUUUUACCUGCCGCUCUGCGUCGUGCUGUUUGUUUACUGGAAGAUCUACAAGGCCGCCAAGUUUCGCAUCGGCUCCCGCAAGACCAACACCAUAACACCCAUGGCUGAGGUGAAGGAUGAGGGACACCAGCCGCAGAUGGUGUUUACCGUGCGCCACGCCACCGUGACCUUCCAAACGGACGGCGACACGUGGCGCGAGCAGAAGGAGAAAAAGGCGGCGCUGAUGGUGGGCAUUUUGAUCGGCGUCUUUGUACUUUGCUGGAUCCCCUUCUUCAUCACGGAGCUCAUCGUGCCGCUGUGCUCCUGCGACAUCCCGCCCGUCUGGAAGAGCAUCUUCCUGUGGCUGGGCUACUCCAACUCCUUCUUCAACCCACUCAUAUACACGGCCUUUAAUAAGAACUACAACAACGCCCUUAGGAACCUCUUCUCCCGGCAGCGCUGAGCCCCUCUGCACAUCCUGCACAUCACCAGCAUGCAUUUCACAGCAGGACGCCUCCAGAUAUAGACCGUUCACUCGUCACUCACCCCCUCCUUCAGAUGGAUGAAUACCCAGAGACUAAUGAUGAUAAAACUGUCAGUGUGUUGUUGUUAUUUAUGUUCUGUUAGUUGUGCUGAGGUAACCUCACAGCUGGACUGAGACGGGUGUCUGAGCGACUCUACACAGAGAGGAAUAAAUGUAAGAAGUGGAUCUUUAAAAAGUCCAAGAUAUCUAAGUUCAUUCAAAAAAAGCCAGUUUAAUCUUAAAGAGGAAACUGUAUUCUACCACAGAACUUAAACCACUGGAUCAGUUUCUGUGAUAAAUGUACUAUUAUGAUUCCUCUAAUGAGAUUUCUGUGUAAUUUAUCUCUAAAAUGUUAAAACGUGGGGCUUCUUAGAAAGCAUUCGGGAAACUCAACCGCACUAAUACUAUUUUCUAUGUUAGCAUGAUUAGUUAGCCUACACCAUGAUUGCAUUGGCACAUUUUCUAUUUUAGUUCUAAUUGGUUUCUACGUGGUCAGAAAUGUAUGGUUUGACACCAAGAUCAUUUAUUCAGGGCAAAUGAAAGUGAUUAAAUCUAAAAAGGACAUUUUCCAAGCCUUCAUCUGGGAUUUUUGAGUGGCUAACAGGCUUUUUCAAAACCUCAAAAGAGUUUAUAUGCCAAUUUGAAUACCCCUGCUAUAUUCAAUCAUCUGCAGCACUACAUGAGGCUUAUUAAAGAAAGGAUGUCAUCAUCAUAUGUGAAGCUGCUGGGAAUCAUUUCAAAGUAAAGCUGGGAGAAAUAUUCAAGAAAACAUUUGCACAAAAACAGAAACAGACGGUCUAAACAAAACGCUCCACUUUGUAGAUGACAUUUAAAGCUGUUUGAGUUCAGCAGAGAGGGAUUAUCUGACCUGAAAGCCUCCACACAGGUACACUCCCCGUCUUCUGUUAGAUAAAGGUAAUAUAUCUCUCCUCUGACGCUGGAUAUUUAUGCACAUCAAUUCUCCUUACACACACACACACACACGCACGCACGCACACACGCAGGCCUUUUGUAAAGCAGGAGAAUAGCAAGGUAUUCCUCUUUGAAUGGAUGCAUUGUUGAGCAACUGCAGAAAUAAUAAUGACAAAUCAAACCAGAAUAAUAAAGAAGAGGAUGUUUGGACUGGCUAUUCAAAGCCUCACAACAAUGGAUUCAGUAGCCAGCACAUGUGCUAAUGCAGUUUUAAAGAAUGAUGUAUUACAGUAAGAGAAGCUAAUGUAAACCAAACAGUCAUCAGCACACAACACUCAUGGUGUUUGCCUAAUGUUGUUUUUAAAUCUCUCCCGUUUCCUGCUCACAUUGCCCCAAAAUCAUGGUGUAAUUUAGUGUAACAAGAGGAAUCAAGCAUGACACAUCGAUCCUCAGCUAAUAGCUGUGCUGUAUGUGAGUG